ACCCUGUCAGUCUGCCAUCCUGCAAGACCUUUCUUUUUCUUGGCGUUUCCCUAUAUCAGCAUAACACUCCAUCGUGACCCCUAUCUGCCACACCACUAUUCAACAGCAUUAUGUCGACCUCACGUAACGGCGAGAGACAUGGCAAGCAAAAGUCUCGCGACACAACCCCAGAGAGCUAUCUUGGGAGCUCACCAGACAGAGGCGACUCCCAUGUUAUCCAGCAAUAUCAGCCACAAAGACUUCAACAACAGCAGCAAUCGGUUCAAGGGACAACAAGAGGCAGUCGCAGUGGCGCUCUUGCCGUUAGGCUCGAUAUGGACUUGGAUAUCGACUUGCAACUGAAAGCAAAAAUAAAGGGAGACGUCACACUUUCUAUACUGGAAGGAGACCAGGAAUGAUUCUCGACAGUGACUCGGAAGGAUGACUUGAAAUUCAAUAUUUUAAUUUGUUAGCCUGCACAUAGUUGUGUUUUCUAGU